AUGGAGGCAGUGCGGCAGCGACUGAUCAAACGUCGUGAACUUGCGGAGUCUAAACGUUCCAGGGACAAUUUACGCGCUCCGGUUAUCUGUGUCCUUGGUCAUGUCGAUACUGGAAAGACGAAAAUGCUGGAUACUAUUCGACGAACAAAUGUACAAGACGGUGAGGCAGGAGGUAUUACCCAACAAAUUGGUGCCACGCAGGUCCCAGCCGAUGCCAUCAAGGAACGGUGUAAGCAAGUGAGAGAUUUCAAUCCCGAUGCUGUGAGAAUCCCAGGCUUCCUCAUUAUUGAUACGCCGGGUCACGAAAGUUUUGCGAAUCUUCGUUCUCGUGGAUCGUCGCUGUGUGAUUUCGCUAUACUGGUUGUGGACAUUAUGCAUGGACUUGAACCACAGACGAUUGAAUCGUUGAAAUUGUUGCUGAAGAGGAAAACGCCCUUCGUUGUUGCUUUAAAUAAGGUCUGCUUUACGAUUCAGAAUAAUCUGUAUGGUAUA